AUGACGCGCCGCACGAGCGCAGAGAAGAGGAAUAGUAGCGCUACUAUCGGAGAAAACACGCGGAUGAAAACGAUGGAAACGACGACGACGCAACAACAACAACAACAACAACAACAGAAUGAAAACAAUUUAAAAGAUGACUUUUACGACGAAGGGGAAAAGAAAAACGUCGUUGAAGAAGAAGAAGAAGAAGAAGAAGGCGUCGACGCGGAGAUGUAUUUACAAAUGUGCGUCUCGAACGCGAUGCAUAAAAUGGAAUAUCAAAACGCCAUAUUCAUCGCCGAACGCUUGUUUGCGGUAUCAAAAACCGAAGAGAACGCGUUGACGUUAGCGAGGUGUUAUCGGUUGAACAAACAACCGUAUCGAACGUACGAGAUUUUGAAAGACCGAAGGAGUCGAGAUUCGAGAUAUUUCUUCGCGAGCGCGGCGUAUGAGAUUGGGAAAUUAGCCGACGCAGAAACGACACUGACAGAAGUCAUAGACUACGAAGACCUAUACUUCUACUCGGAUGACGAAACAGACGACGAGGACGACGAUUAUCGAGGAGAAGAAAACAGAAAUCCAAACAUCGAGAAAGCGACAAAGAGAGAGAUGCGAAAGAGAGCGAUGGAAGAAGAAAAUGCAACUAUUCCAGGAGGUGCGUACGGAGAGCAUUUACUCGGUAAGAUUGCAAAAGACACCGGCAGACGUCAAUUAGCCAUUGAUUGCUUUAAACGCGCGUUAGAGUUAGAUCCGUUCAUGUGGGCUGCGUUCAACGAGCUCUGUUCCAUGGGCGCGGACGACAUUACGUUUGCGCAUACCAAAAGAGUCGAAACGAUGAUGAUGAGAAAGAGAACAUCGUUCGAUCGCGAGGAAGAAGACGUGAUUUUCUUCGGUGCCCCAAACUUCAACGCUGCCAACGUGUUUUCGCCUGAAGUUUUCUCGACCGGCGGCGGCGGCGGCGGCGGCGGCGGGGGUAGUCGAUACACGCACAGCAACAUCAACAGCAGCAUGUUUUUGCGUCGAAAACCAGCGAUGACGUUUAAUAGCAGCAUUCGCAGCAGAGGGUUCCCGGGCAAUCAUACAGCGACGGGUCCGAUGACGGUUACUAGGGGAGCUGAGAGUGCGUUGCCACCUUUCGAUUUAGGAGACCACGACGGUCAGCACCAGCAACAACAACAUCAACAACAAAGAAAUCCCGCGGACGGCAUGCGAUACGUAACGCCGUCUCCUCUGCACUUAGGUAUACACGAAACCCCGGUGGUUCCACGUAAACCACCUCAACAUGGAGGAAAACCUCCCGCCUCAACGGCUUCGACUGCGUUUAAUACGAACGAUCCCGUCGUGCUAACGCAGCAAACGGCACCGCUUGGAGGUGACGGAGUAUCGAGCAACCCGUUUAACGACAGGCGUAAGUUUAUGGACGAAGGUAAAUUGAGAAAAGUUUCCGGACGAUUAUUCGGAGAUGCCCCGGAAUCGGCAAUUACUACGAGUACAACCGCAACCACCACACACGCGGCGCAUGUCGAGGCGUUAGGAAAUGCAGAAGUAGGCUUACGAAGAAGCUCACGUCUGGCGUCGCAGGGAGCGGCUCCAUCGGCUGCACCGGUACCACCGGCUUCCAAUAUUUUUGCCUUAGGAACGCAAACGCCAUCGAUAGCUUCGACGCCGAUGACUCCAGCGCAAAUGUUUGAUCAAACCACGACUACUGCGAAAAAGAACGACGUCGGUAUGCACGCCAGAAUGAUGACCGAAGAAGAUCACAACAGAGCAAACCAGCAUCUUCAUUCUUUUUCGCAGUUCCAGCUGCAGCAACAAAAUCAGCAACAUAUCGUAGCGAUGCAUAGAAGUGCCGUCAUGAGCACUCAAAACGUAGGCGAAGAAACGAAGCUCGUUAUUCCGAAAGAUUCAGUCGCGAUGGUUGCGAGAAUAUUCCAUCCCAUCAUGUCUGGCGCGAGGCAUUUAGCAAUGUUUCGAUGCCAUGAAGCCAUAGCGGCUUUGAGAACGUGCAGCCCAGAGCAAUUUGAAACUGGUUACGUUUUGACUCAAAUAGGCAGAGCGUACGCGGAAGCUGUGGAAUACACGGAAUCCGCGAGAGCUUUUGAGCGCGCGCGCGAAAUCGCGCCGCACAAUUUAGACGGUAUCGAUUGCUAUUCGACCGUGCUGUGGCAUUUAAAACGUGAGGUUGAACUCUCUCAUUUGGCGAGAGAGGCACAAACGAUUGAUCGACUACACCCGCACACGUGGUGUGCUCUUGGAAAUUGUUUCUCCUUACAAAGAGAACACGAUUCCGCCUUGCGAUUUUUCGCGAGAGCAAUACAGUUGAAUCCGAAAUACGCGUACGGAUAUACCCUCCGAGGGCACGAACAUUUUGCAAAUGAAGAUUUUGAGAAAGCGACUGAGUGCUAUCGAGCGGCUUUGAGUUUGGAUCCGAGACAUUACAACGCCUGGUACGGUCUGGGUACCGUCUAUUUUCGACAAGAAAAGUAUGAAAUGUCCGAGCACCAUUUCAAGCACGCCAUUGAAAUAAACUCGAAGAGUUCCGUUCUGUUUUGCUAUUUGGGGAUGGCGCAACACGCGUUGCGAAAGACCGAGAAAGCAUACGUGUCUUUACAAAAAGCGAUUCAAUUAGACGAGCGCAAUCCGUUGGCGAAAUACGAAAAAGCGUCGGUUUUGAUGAGCGAAGAGAGAUAUUCUGAGGCGCUGGACGAGUUAGAACAGUUGCGAGAGGUGGCGCCGAGAGAAGCUUCGGUCUACUUUUUGAUGGGUCGGAUUUUCAAAAAGUUAGAGAUGCCAAACCGAGCGAUGUUGAAUUUUUCGCUCGCUUUAGAUUUGAAGCCGUCCUCGGCAGAUGUCAAUUCAAUCAAAGCCGCCAUCGAGAAGCUCCACGUACCCGAAGAAGAGGAAGAGGAAGAGUUGUAA